UGGAGUGUAUUUCUCUUCAAAGACGACAGAAGUAAAAGGUGUCUUGUAUGUCAGAGCCAUUAGCGGAACUUGCGCCUCGCUAAUUGACAAACAGAAAUGCUCAUUCGCUGAAUUCUCAAUCGUGUAAAGAAUCUCUCAGAAAGGUAUUCUGUGUCAGCUACGCUUGAAUUGUGAGGAGCGUGCGGCAUCUCGCAUCGUACACCCUUGAUCGGUGUUAUUCAUGCCUCUUCAGUCAAGAGCCUUAGUUAAUAUAUGUCAAGUGUUGUGACAGUCUUACUGAUGAGUCACUUAAGAGAAUUUUAAAUUUCGCCUCUUGAAGACAACUUGUUUCGACAGCGGGAACUCGACAAUCGAUAUACUUAAUAUAUUUUAUUGCUGACCUCAAAUUUUCGCCAACUGUGGGUCAAAUGCGAACGUUUCACGGAUGGCGGCCAAGUUUAGCUGGAUCGUAGUGCAAGUACUGCUCUCUGUAUGGAUUCGAAUUUGUUGUUCUUCUUGCGGUGACCUCCUUGAAGGCAAAUCCGGAGACCUUCGUUUUCCGAUAAGCGGAGGAAAUGUGGGCGAAAGCCUUCGCUGUACUUGGACAAUUACAGUGCCAGAGAGGUUUCGUGUGAAAAUUACAUUGACGGACUUUGUCAUGAAAACAACAUGUUGUUCUUGUACGCACGAUUUUUUAGAAAUUCGCGACGGGUCUCUCGACAAUUCCACUCUCAUUGGACGAUUCUGUGCUAAAAGGGAACCAAAAUUUAUUUACUCCACGAGAAAUGUUAUAUGGAUUCAAUUUACGUCUGAUUUUCGUACCUACAGAGGUAAUCGUUUUCGUCUGUCAUACGAAGCAGUGUGUGGCAGCCAUUACACUGAUCCUUCGGGCAGUUUUCGCUCGCCUGGAUAUCCGUUUCCUUAUGAAAACAAAGAUUGCAUCUACAGCAUCAAGGUGCCGAAAGGGAGGAUAAAGGUAAAGUUCGAGAGCUUUAGAGUUAAUGGUCGAAUGCCUGUUUGUUUAUAUGAUUUUCUUGAGGUGAAGGAAAUUGGAUACUUUGUACUUUCAAAUUCUCAAGGAGAAUCGAGACGUGGUCGUUACUGCGGCAUUAACAAACCGCCUAUUAUUUAUUCUACAAAAGGACGAAUUCUGUGGUUUAGAUUCAAAAGGUCAGGUAGCAGCGAAUCAGGAUUCGUAGCUAAUUAUCACACCAUUUUCGCUGGAGAGGGAACAUGCGGUGGAACCUUUAAAGAUACAUCGGGGUUAAUUUACUCUCAAAAUUACCCCUAUCACUUUCCACCCGGCCAAGAAUGUGCGUGGAAAAUUCGGGUGGAUCCUAACAUGCAUGCACAUUUAUACUUUGACACCUUGAAGUUUGGAUCUAAAAUGGAUGGAGUCUGUGAGUAUGGACAUUUAGAAAUUUAUGAUGGCUCAGAUGAAUCCUCUUAUAAAAUUGGUGAGUAUUGCGGAGAUGUCAUUCCUAACAAGAUCAUUUCUAGGACAAAUGAGCUAAUGAUCAAGGCUAUAUCUGAUUACAAGCAAACGAACAUUGGAUGGUUUUCUCUGCAUUAUGAAUCAUCUUCUGGAAGUGUUUGCGGAUUGUCAAAGUUUACCUGCACAAAUCGGCAAUGCAUUGAGAGUGAUAAAGAAUGCAAUGGUCAAGAAGAUUGUGAAGAUGGUUCAGAUGAAGAAGUUUGCCCUGAAACAAAAGACCCUGAUUUUCUCUCUUGGUACCGAUUCUGGCCUGUCAGCAUUGUGGGAGGAAUGCUUAUUGUGGGAGUAUGGCUUUGGAGAGCAUGGAAAAAAAUAAUGGCAGCUCGAUCUGAAGUGGACAGACCUCGUGUUGCUACUCUAUCGCCAAAUCAUAUCGAGAUGCUCCCAUGUACUUCUGUGGAGCCUCCUAGUUACAGCGAGGCUGUUGCUGAAAAUGCAGAGCUGCCGCCCACUUACGAGGAAGCUCUCAGAGAACGAUUGAACCCUCCAAAUGGGAUACAAGAUGCUGACUCUCUUUGGGUUCAUUCUGACCCAAAUACUGGCAGCACAGCAUUGCCCAGGAAUGUAGGCCAAACUUUGUCUAUGAUAGUUUACGAGGGUUCAUCAACAGGUUGUCAUGGCUCUCCAUAUGACAGUCACAGAAAGAGAGGUUAUACUUCUCUACACUUAAAUGCUCAAAGUGUUUAAAGUUCUCCUAGGUUAUAAUUAUAAUAAUUAUUAGUUUUUCCACUUCAACAGCUGGUAGUUUGGCAGAGAUCAGUCAGUCAUUGGAUGUAGCCUGCAAUUAUUAUGGUUUUGCUUGACUACCCACUGUGACUGAUUUAGAAAAAAUAUUGCCGCUCUAUAGUCAAUUGGAAGUAAAAGUUAAACCAAUUGUUACUGGGCCACCCCUAUUUUCACGCUCUUGUAUUUUCUCUUAGCAUUCAUCCUUUCUUUGAUUUCUCACUUUCUUUUGAUUGGCAGCUGUCAUUAUCUUGGAUUAUAUUUUCCUGCAUUCAGACAAAAUGAACUUUAAACAGAAUGGCUACUUAUUUAGAUGAGGUCAAACCGAAACCACAGUUUUACCUAAGCAAUUAAUGGGCCUUACAUACUCUCCAUUAGGUUGUUUUCAUUAAAUAAAUGUCCUUCCACUACUAACUUUCAGUUCUCUUGAUGCUGUUCACAAAAAUAAACAUUCAUGUCAAAGAUUUAGCUAAAUUCAAGAUAGUUUAGAACUUGGUUCUGCUAAACAAUGGCUAAACUUUGUUUAAAUAAGUGACUCAAUAUGUUUAGUUUACAGAACAUAGCAGCAGGCUUUCUGUCUGUUGUUUGUUUAAUUCUUUCACUUCCAAGAGCUCAUUACUAAUUUCCUUACUGUCUUAAUGCCUACAAUUCCAUUGGUGAUGGCCGGGAGAAUUUGGAUCCAUUGAUAAUACCCUAAUUAAUACUGCAUAGCUAGGCCUUCCAACUUUCAGUAAUUUUCCCAAAAUUACAGAAUAACUUUAGCUGACAUCGGCAAAUCAGUUUCCUUUUAAUUUAUAUCAGUCAGAAAUUCCAAAACAAGCAAAGUUAAAUGGAUGAACAAAACUCAAGUUCUUCAGAGGAUGCAUUUUUACGCAAGUUACCAGUUUUUCACAGUUUUGCUGCUGUAAAAUUAAAGUGGCCAGACAGCUUUCGAUCUCCCCAAUAUAUUAAUUAAAACACAUGCUGGGCAAUCCUCUCUCAGGGCUGUCAGUGUUAUUGUGAACAUAGUGUUUGUAAACUUGUUUAAGCCAAGUAAUCUUGACUAGAUUUCACCAAGAUUUUAAUGAAAGCUUAGGUAAUUUGAAAAAAAUGUAUUACAAAAAUAGGAAAAUUACUAGUUCGCCAAAUCUCUAUAUAUUUCAAAAUUUACAUCGAAAUAGUGUAUACACGGUUAGCCAAAGGGCUAUUGACUAGUGUCUACAACAGAAUGCAAUUAACUCUACAAGCAUUCAUUGCCAGUGAUACUCUAGCUAUUUACAAUAAAACUUCAGUUGUUCAUAAA